AUGGCCAAUAUUUCACAGGCUUUUUCUGAAGGGGCUUCAAUAAACAGACCACCCUUAUUUUCUAGAGAUAACUAUCCCUUCUGGAAAAUAAGAAUGAAGAUCUUUUUAGAAUCAGUUGAUAAAGGUGUAUGGGAUGUUAUUGUUAAUGGUCCAUUUAUACCUACAAAAAUUGAGGAAGGAAAAACUAUACCUAAAGAUUUCCUAUCUUGGACUCCUGAUGAAAAUAAACGUGCUCAUUAUGAUGUGAGAGCCAAGAAUAUAAUCUCAUCUACACUAACAUUGGAUGAAUUCUACAGGGUAUCAAUUUGUCAAUCCACAAAAGAAAUGUGGGAUGUGUUAGAGGUAACUCAUGAAGGCACAGAUGAAGUCAAGAGAGCUAGAAAGAACACAUUAAUUCAGGACCUUGGGAAAGGUUUUGAAAAGGAAGAACUGAAUAUCAAAAUACUGAAAAGUCUGAAUAGAGCAUGGCAGCCUAAGGUCACUGCAAUUUAUGAAUCAAGAGAUCUCACCAUAAUGAGUAUAGCAACCCUCUUUGGAAAACUAAGAGAACAUGAAUUGGAACUUGGACGUUUAAAAGAGGAAGAGGAAGGAGAGAAAAGGCAAAGCAUUGCAUUAAAAGCUGCUGCAAAAACUGAAAGCAGAAGCAAAGCCAACAAAGAUAAAGAAACAACAGAUCAGGAGGAUGAAGAUUCUGAUUCUGAGACACUGAAUCUGAUGGUAAAACGUUUUUCUAGAUUUUUGAAGUAUAAAAAUAAAUCUAAUGCAAAAUCUGCAGCUGCAGGAAAUAGAAGAUUCCCUUCCAAGAGGCAAGAGUCAUCAUCUAGCACUCUAACAUGUUAUGAGUGUGGCAAAUCUGGUCAUAUCAAACCUGAUUGUCCAAUUCUCAAGAUAAAAAAGAAAUUUGAGGAAAAGAGUGAGGCCACAAGCAAGUCCAAGAGAGUGAAGAAAGCAUACAUUGCUUGGGAGGACAAUGACUUCAACACCUCUAGUGAUUCAAGUGAAAGCCAUGAAGAAGAAACAAAUCUGUGUUUGAUGGCUGAUACAAAAUCCUCUGCCAGCAGUGUAAGUGAUCUUGAAUCUACUAAUGAAAGCUAUGAAAAUAGGUUCUAUCAACUACUUGAUGUAUAUAAUGAGUUGCAUGAAGAGGCUAGAAAGUUGCAAUACUCUAAUAACAGACAUAAAGGUGAAAAUAGGUGGCUUAAAAAUAGAUUAAAGCAGCUUGAAACAGAAAAUGAAGAGUUGAAAACUGAGCUUGAAAAUAUUGAAAAGCAUAAAAGUGGUAAUUGCAAAAAGAUUAUAAGUCUUGGAGCCAAGGAAUCAAUGUGGUAUUUGGAUAGUGGUUGUUCAAGACAUAUGACAGGUGAUGCAAAGAAAUUCAGCAAAAUAUCAUACAAAGCAAGUGGUCAUGUUACCUAUGGUGAUAACAAUAGAGGUAAAAUUCUAGGUGUAGGCAAGGUAACAAGUUCUUCUUCCACUGUCAUUGAAAAUGUACUAACUAGAAGCAUUGGGGGAAAUUCUUAUGCUUUAGUUCUAGUAGAUGACUACUCAAGGUACACUUGGACAUUCUUUAUCUCUGCUAAGAAUGACACAUUCAAAGUCUAUAAAAAAUUUGCCAAUGUUAUACAAAAUGAGAAAGAUUUAAGAAUUAAAUCCAUUAGAAGUGAUCAUGGAGGUGAAUUUCAAAAUGCUAUUUUUGAAACAUAUUGUGAAGAAAAUGGGAUCUCACGCAAUUUUUCUACACCUAGAACACCACAGCAAAAUGGUGUUGUAGAAAGGAAAAAUAGGUCCUUGGAAGAAUUGGCAAGAACCAUGUUGAAUGAAAAUAAUAUGCCAAAGUAUUUUUGGGCUAAUGUAGUAAGUAUUGCAUGUUAUGUGCUAAAUAGAGUAUUGAUAAGACCCAUUUUGAAAUUAACACCUUAUGAACUUUUUAAAGGUAGAAAACUAACUAUCUCUCAUUUGAAAAUUUUUGGAUGCAAAUGCUUUGUACUAAACAAUGGAAAAUCUAACAUUGGCAAAUUUGAUUCAAAGGCUGAUGAAGGUAUAUUCUUGGGUUACUCUCUCACUAGCAAAGCAUAUAGGGUGUACAACAAAAGAACUUUAACUAUUGAGGAAUCAAUACAUGUUGCAUUUGAUGAAUGUUUGGAAACCUAUACUAACAUGCAUGAACCUAGAAAAAGCGAUGAAUUUCUUGAGACAGGGGGAGAUUUAGCAGAAAAGCCUCAAAAUGUUCAGAUUGAAGAGAAAACUGUUGAUACAGCCACAAAUAGUCAACUACAAAGUAAACUAGAUGAUCUGCCAACAAUAUGGACUACUCCAAAGGACAUGUCACUAGACAAUGUGAUAGGAGACAUAUCAAAAGGAGUCUCUACAAGGAAGCAUCUCAGUCAGUUAUGUUUGAAUGUGGCAUUUGUAUCCCAAAUAGAGCCAAAGACAGUAGAUGAUGCACUCAAGGAUGAGAAUUGGUACUUUGCAAUGCAAGAGGAGCUAAACCAAUUCAAAAGGAAUGAAAAUAAAGCAAGACUUGUAGCCAAAGGAUAUAGUCAAGAAGAGGGGAUUGACUAUGAUGAAACCUAUGCAUCGGUGUCAAGAUUAGAAGCUAUAAGAAUUCUUCUAGCCAUUGCAUCAAUGUUGGACUUUAAACUCUUUCAAAUGGAUGUGAAGAGUGAUUUUUUGAAUGGGUACAUCAAGGAAGAAGUAUUUGUAGAACAACGUCCUGAUUUUCAAGACUUUGCAUUUCCAAAUCAUGUCUACAAACUAAAGAAAGCUCUAUAUGGUUUAAAGCAAGCUCCAAGAUCAUGGUAUGAAAGACUUAGUCUAUUCUUGAUUAAGUGUGAAUUCCAUAGAGAUGAUAUCAUUUUUGGAUCCACUAAUCUUUCUUUGUGCAAGGAAUUCUCUACAAAUAUGCAGCAAGAGUUUGAGAUGUCUAAGAUGGGAGAAUUAACCUUCUUUCUUGGACUACAAAUCAAGCAAGUUAAGAAUUGUAUAUUCAUCCACCAAGCCAAGUACUGUGCAGAAUUAUUAAAGAAAUUCUCUAUGGACAACUGCAAGGAAUCUUCAACACCUAUGGCCACUAAUUGCUAUUUAGAUAUUGAUGAAUCAGAAUUAUCACCAUUGCACCAGUUUUUCUUCUGUUUCUGCAUUACGUAG